AUGCGUCGAUCGGCGAUUCAGAGAGUGGCGUCGACGGCCGGUGGCUUACUCGACGCGCGCGUCUCGAUCGGACGCGCGCUCGGUCGCGCGCGCGCGACGUCGACGAGCGCGAGCGAUGGGACGGUCAACGUCGUCCCGCGCUGGGCCACGGCGGAUCCGUGGGGGAUGUCGCGCGCCGCGGGCGCGGCGCGGGGGGCGAACCUCAUCGCGGGCGCGUGGCGGGAGAUCACCGAUGAGAGUCGAGCGACGAAGAUCGUCGAUCCGAUGAAUAAAUCUGAGACGGACGCAUUCAUUGUUUUGCCAUCGACGGACACCAAGCAGGAAAUUGACGAAGUCGCACGGUCUCUGGCGUCGUGUCCGAAGAGCGGUUUGCACAACGCGUUCAAGGCUCCGGAGAGGUACGUCAUGUGGGGAGACGUGUCGAUGCGACUCGCGCAGGAGUUUCGAAAGCCAGAAGUCGAAGAAUACUUUGCGCGUCUCAUCCAGCGCGUGGCGCCGAAGUCUCACGCGCAGGCACUCGCGGAGGUGGUCGUCACGAGGAAAUUCCUGGAAAACUUUGCCGGCGACAACGUGCGCUUUAUGGCGAGAGGAUUCUCUGUCUCAGGCGACCAUCUCGGUCAACAGAGUCACGGCCUUCGUUGGCCGUACGGACCCGUCGCGGUCAUCACGCCGUUCAAUUUCCCACUCGAGAUUCCAGUCUUGCAACUCAUGGGAGCGUUGUUCAUGGGCAACAAGGCUCUGGUGAAAUCGGAUUCAAAGGUGAGCGUCGUACUCGAGCAGUUCAUCCGGCUCAUGAUCGAGUGCGGCGCGCCCGCGACGGAUCUUGAUUUCAUCCACUCAGACGGAGUCACGAUGAACUCUAUAUUAAGCGCGGCGAAGCCGAAGAUGACGCUAUUCACUGGAUCACAAAAGGUCGCGCACCAUCUCGCGCGAGAGCUCGAGGGCAACGUCAAGCUGGAAGACGCGGGUUUCGAUUGGAAAAUUUUGGGCCCCGACGUCGGUGACGUUGAUUACGUCGCGCACGUGUGCGAUCAAGACGCGUACGCGUGUAGCGGACAAAAGUGCUCUGCUCAAUCAAUCCUGUUCAUGCACAAAAACUGGGUUGACGUCGGCAUCGAGUCAAAGCUCGCCGCGUUGGCUGGCGAGCGCAACCUGGAAGACUUGACGGUCGGUCCAGUGCUCACGCUGACCACGAAAACGAUGCUAGAUCACGUCGACAGGCUCGCCGCGCUUCCGGGCGCGCGCGUUGCCUUCGGUGGCAAGGAGUUGAAGGAUGGAAAUCACUCGAUUCCUUCUCAAUACGGCGCAAUCGAACCCACCGCCGUGUUCGUUCCGCUCAAAACCAUCAUGGCGAGCGAAGAGAACUUCAAGCUCGUGACGACGGAAAUUUUCGGCCCAAUGCAAGUGCUCACGUCGUACGACGACGAAGAGCUCCCGUUGGUUCUGGACGCGUGCGAGCGCAUGGAUGCGCAUCUCACCGCAGCCGUCGUCUCGAGCGACGAGAUGUUUUCGCAACGCGUGCUCGGCUCCACGGUUAACGGUACGACGUACGCGGGCAGGCGAGCUCGUACGACGGGAGCGCCACAGAACCAUUGGUUCGGCCCUGCGGGCACGCCGAUGGCUGGCGGGAUCGGAACGAUCGAAGCGAUUCGACUCGUCUGGAGCUGCCACCGUGAAAUCAUCUUCGAUCGCGGUCCCGUCGAGAGCGAUUGGAAAACGCCGCCGCGCGCGUGA